AUGACUGUAGGAAAAGAUGUCUCAAUGCUCUUUACAGACGUUGUUAAUUGUAUUCAAACAGCUGAUACACAAUUGAAGAAACUUGUGUAUUUAUACUUGAUUAAUUAUGCCAAGAGUAAUCCGGAUCUUACAAUCUUAGCCGUAAAUACUUUUGUUAAGGACGCUGCUGAUCCAAAUCCACUCAUUCGAGCACUCUCAGUUCGUACAAUGGGCUGUAUUCGCGUUGAUCGGAUUACAGAAUAUCUCUGUGAACCUUUACGUCGUUGUUUACAGGAUGAAGACCCGUAUGUUCGAAAGACGGCAGCUAUUUGUGUCUCAAAACUCUAUGAUAUUAAUCCAGAUAUGGUCGAAGUACAAGGUUUUCUUGACAUGUUGAAAGAACUGAUCUCGGACUCCAACCCGACAGUUGUCGCGAAUGCUAUUGCAGCUUUGUCUGAAAUCUCAGAGAAUAGCGGAGGUGUCAUGGCUUUCAAAAUCACCAAGUCUGUGCUUCAAAAGCUCUUGGCAGCACUUAAUGAGUGCAAUGAGUGGGGACAGGUUUUUGUGCUUGAUGCUCUGGCAGGAUAUACGCCGGCAGACUCUCGAGAGGCGGAAGGGAUUAUUGAACGGGUGACACCACGUCUUCAGCACGCCAAUUCAGCCGUUGUACUAUCGGCAGUCAAGGUCAUUAUGAAAUUUUUGGAAAAGGUCUCGGACGCUGAUACGGAACGCAGUCUUUCGCGCAAAAUGGCACCUCCGCUGGUGACGCUGCUGUCGGCUGAGCCAGAGAUUCAAUACGUUGCUUUACGUAACAUUAACCUGAUUGUGCAGAGACGACCGGCGAUCUUGGCGAGCGAGAUUAAGGUAUUCUUUUGCAAGUACAACGACCCGAUCUAUGUGAAGAUGGAAAAGCUGGAGAUUAUCAUCCGUCUUGUCUCGGAGCGCAACAUAGAACAGGUACUGCUUGAGUUCAAGGAAUACGCCACUGAGGUAGAUAUGGAAUUUGUACGCCGUUCCGUACGUGCUAUUGGUCGCUGCGCUGUGAAGCUCGAGCGUGCUGCAGAAAAAUGUAUUAAUGUGCUAUUGGAGCUUAUUCAGACCAAGGUCAACUAUAUUGUGCAGGAGGCUAUUAUUGUGAUUAAGGACAUUUUUCGCAAGUAUCCAAACCAGUACGAGAGUAUCAUUGCUACCCUAUGUGAGAACCUGGAUACGCUGGAUGAACCCGAGGCAAAGGCAUCUAUGAUUUGGAUUAUUGGUGAGUAUGCCGAGCGUAUUGACAAUGCAGACGAGCUCUUGGAGUCGUUCCUGGACUCCUUUGACGAUGAGACUGCCCAAGUCCAGCUGCAGCUAUUGACUGCUACCGUAAAACUCUUUUUAAAACGUCCAAAUGAGACGCAGGAAAUGGUACAAAAGGUGCUCCACAAAGCUACGGAAGAAUCGGACAACCCGGAUCUACGUGAUCGUGGCUACGUGUACUGGCGCCUACUUUCGGCUAAUCCAGAAGCAGCUCAUGCUGUCGUGCUUGCUGAAAAACCCGUUAUCAGUGACAAUACAUAUACUCUAGAGCCUUCGGUUUUGGACGAGCUGAUCGGAAAGAUCUCGACACUUGCCAGUGUCUACCACAAGUUGCCCAGUGCAUUUGUUGUGCGCUCGACGGUAUCAGACCCACGCGAUCACCGCCAAAAUGACGAUCGUAGCAACAACGAUGAAGAUGAAAGCUCAUCCGACCAGCCAAAAGAUGGACAGAGCAGCCAAAAGGCUGGCGGUCACGUGGAUCUGCUUAAUAUGGGUGAUCUCACUCUUGGAGGUCCUACCCCAACUGCUUCUGUUUCUGUGGCAGCAACGUCAUCAAGCGCAAGCUUGGUCGAUAUUUUUGGUGGCCCUGCUGCCCCACCUGCCCCAAUGGCAGUCAGCGAUGGUGCAGUCCAGAAAAAGCUUCUGAUGAAUGCGCAACAAGGCAAGGGCCUGGUGAUGUCGGGCGUUUUUGCACGUCGCAGUGGCAACUUUGUACUUGACGUAGACUUUGAAAACCAGUCGUCUGCUCCAAUUACGAGUGUCAGCAUCCAGUUCAACAAGAGCACGUUUGGUGUGGUGCCAAUGCAGGCAACAAUUACGUUCCCACAGCCUCUGGCACCGGGUCAAACGGUAAACCAGGUUGUGCCAAUGAGUGUGAGCCCACAAUUUGUCAACGCUGCUGUAGCACCGAACCUCAAUCUGCAGGUUGCGAUCAAGAACAACUCUAGUGGCGAUGUGGUAUACUUCCAGUCAGAAAUAGAUCUCUCGGUGAUUUUUACUGAAACCGGCAGCAUGGCGUCGACUGAGUUUAUCAGCAUGUGGCAGGGUAUCGCUGAAGCUAACGAGCACUACUUUACGUUGGUAACGGGUGCACGUGGCGUUGAUGCCGUGUCAGAGCGACUGGGCCGCAACAACGUUUUUUACGUAGCUAAGCGGCCCAUCGACGACAAAGAGAUUGCGUAUUUCUCGGUCAAGACCAUGACGAAUAUCGUAGCACUUUUCGAGUUCACAUUCGACAACACGGAUACGACGAAGGUAUGUCUCAAAAUGGAGCAGAAGGCUUUCAGCACGCUGCUGCAACAAACAAUGGAGCGUUUGCUAUUGUAA